AUGAUGUAAAACUAUCCUCCUGAAAUAUAAAGUCUUUUCCAAUCUUAAAAGCUUGAUUAGCAAAAGGUGCAAAUCCUUGACUAGGUUACAAAGCUGAUGGCAUGUGGUGAUAAUUAAAAGAUGCAGAUGGCUCAGCAAGUUUGGAAAGACCUUAAAGAGAACACUGAAUUUUGGGUCAAUGUAGAUAUUGUUUUAGAGACUUCUAGCGAUUAUCAAACUAAAAUUCUUACUUUAGUAUUGAUGGAAGAUACUAUCAAGUAAAAAUGGUAAGCUCUCCCUCAACAAACCCAAGAAAAUUUAAAGAACUACAUCUUAGCUUUUGUAUUUAGGUAAAGUCAAUAGCCUAAUCCCACUAGAGAUUCAUUAACACUAUUAAAUAAAUGCAACUCUAUAAUCAUUUAAAUUUUAAAAUUUGAAUGGAAUUCUACAUGGAAGAACUUUAUCCCUGAUAUCUGCUAAACCUCAAGAACAGACCCCAAUAUUUGCGAAAAUUCCCUCCACUUACUCAAGAUGUUGAGUGAAGAAAUCUUCGAUUAUUCUAAGAAUGAAAUGACCAGCUAACAAAUUAUUUAAUUGAAAUCUACUAUGAAUGAGUAAUUCUAACAUAUUUAUGAACUCUGUUAUUACAUUACUUCUAACUCAGCUCAAAACUUAAAUGCUGUCAAACCUAGUUUAAUAAAGGCUUGUCUUGAAACUUUCCAUGUUUAUCUUAGUUGGAUUCCUUUAGGUUUUAUUAUUGAUACUGAUAUGGCUGAUAUUUUCCUCUUCUUUGUAGUUUAAACAGAUUUUAAGGAAGUUGCCAUAAAAUGUUUAACUGAAAUUAUUCUAUUGAAACUAGAUAUUUGCCAAAAUACCAAUGAAGUUUUGAAAAUGAAGAACAAAAUCCUUGAUGUUUACUUUAAAUUUAUCACAAAAAUCUCUGAAUCAAUUCUUCCUUACAAUAUUAGCUUACAAAAUCAGAGAAAGACACUCCAAACUCAUAAUUAGUUUAGAUAAAUUGAUAAGUUUGAUAGCAUUUGUACUAGCAUUGUUAUAUUCUUGACAUCAUUUUUCUAAACUCAUUUGGAUUGGAUCGAAGAAUUGGCAAACGACUUCUAAAAUCCUGACAGAGUUAUGAUGGUAGAAAGCAUCGAUAGAGGUUUAUAAUACAUUGUUGGAAUUAACGAAAUCGAAGAUGAAAAUAUUUUUAAGACUUGCGUUGAUUUCUGGCAUUUCUUCACUAGUGAUUUCUAUAAAAAGACUAAUAAAUUAAAAAAUACUUAAAAUUAAAAUGGAGGUUAAAUCUCAAAUCAAUUCUUUAAUGUAAUGAGAUUGAAUCUCACUCCUGAGGCCAAUAAUGACGCUAUGACUAUUUAAAAGACUAUUUAUCCUAAGAUAAUGACCUAAGUCAGAACUAUUAUUAUUUCCAGAAUGGCUAAGCCCCAAGAAGUGCUUAUUGUUAUUGAAGAAGGUGUUCCCGUUAAAGAAGAAUUAGUUGAUACUGAAAAUAACUCGCUCUACGACCUUCUUAAGGAAAUCUUGAUCAAUCUUUCCAAGCUUGAUUGGUCAGAUAUGAGUAGAAUUCUCCUUAGUAAGCUCGAAAAGCAACUUGAUGGUAGUGAAUGGAGCUACGAUAAUUUGAAUAGUUUAUGUUGGGCUAUUGGUUCUAUUUCAGGCUCAGUUAAGAGCGAAGAAGAAAGAGCUCUUCUAAUUUAAGUUAUUAAGGGACUUCUCAAUUUGACUGACACAAGAAAGCAAAAAGAAAGCAAGGCCGUUGUUGCUUCUAAUAUUAUGUAUGUCGUUAGUUAAUAUCCUGUCUUUUUAAAAACUAAUUGGUCUUUCUUAAGAACCGUUGUUAAGAAGCUAUUCGAAUUCAUGGGAGAAACAUUCCCUGGUGUUAUGGAAAUGGCUGUAAAUACUUUCUUAACUGUUAGUUAAAAAUGUGCAGAAGAAUUUGUCAAAGCUUAACAAGAAAAGACUCAAGUUUCUAAAAAUCAAACAAAGAUGAAUGAAACAGAACCUUACAUUCAAACAUUAAUUAGAACUAUUGAUGAAAAGGCUGCAAUCCUUGAACCUCAAUACCGUCUCACUUUUUACGAAGCUAUUGGCUAUAUUAUUAAUGCUGAAUCUGAUAGCCAAAAGCAAUAAGUUUAUCUCGAAUCUUCUCUCCGUUCUCAAUUAGAAAAUUGGAAACAAAUUAUAUUCAAUGCUCAACAAAGUCCUGCCAUCCUCGAUAAAGAUGUUGCUAUUUAACAAAUAUCUUUGUUCUUAAAAAUAAAUGAAAGAAUUUGCUCCUCAGUUGGAUUCUGCUAUGUAUUUAUUUUAGGUCAAAUUAGCUUGGGAAUGAAUGAAAUAUAUAAAUUCUACAGCCAAAAUAUAAACUAACAAGUGCAAUAAGUUGGUAAGCAAGUUAUGAACUACUCUACUGUAAAGAAAUAAAGAACUAUUAGAAAGGAUAUAAUAAAGCUCUACAUAUGUUUCUUCAAGUGGUGCAGAAAAGACACUCCCUUAUUCCAACCCACAACUGUUGCUCAAAGUUUGAUUGAACCCUUGUAAUAAUUGCUUGUUGACUAUGUUAACUGCCUUGAAGACUGUAGAGAACCUGAACUUCUUACUCUCUAUCAAGUUAUUUUUGAAAACAUGGCCGAAUACAUACAACCCUUGAUCCCUGACACCCUCAAGGGUAUCUUCAUGGCAACUCUUGGUAUGAUCAGUAAAGACUUUAGUUCUUUCCCUGAUCACCGUAUUGCUUUCUUCAAACUCUUGAAGGCUGUAGUUUAAAAUGCAAUUGAAGCUUUGUUCAAUAUACCAAGUGACUCUUUUAAGACUAUGAUUGAUUGUAUUGUUUGGGCCUUCAAGCAUCAUAUUACUGAAAUUUCAGACAUUGGUUUAGAUGUCCUUAUUUACAUUAUGAAAUAAGUUAACACAAAUCAAGGAAUUGCUAAUUAAUUCUAUUAAAUUUACUACUUAAAUAUCUUGAAGGACAUUGUAGAAGUCCUUACUGAUGGCUUCCACAAAAGUGGUUUCAAAUAACAAUGUACAAUUUUCUAGAUGCUCAUCGGAAUAGUUAAAGCUCAAUUCUUGACAGUUCCCAUCAUAGAAGGAUAAACCAUCGAUAAUGCUACUUAUGUUUAUGAAUUUUUAACUAAUGCUCUUUCUAAUCACUUUAGUAAUGUUUCUCUCUAAAAAACCUAAUACCACAUAAAGAACUUAUUUGAUAAAUACGAAAAUCCUCAUGAUUUUAAGGUGGAACUUAGAGAUUAUUUGAUUAACUUAACUAUGUAUUCUAAUGAUAAUGAACACUUGUAUGAUAAAAAUGAAAUACAAUAAUUAUAAUAGCAAUAGAUACCUUAAUCACAAUGA